UUGGUCAGAACGCAAGAAAACAUUAAGAAAUCUCGAUCAGUAGGUCUGUAGAUUUUACUGACGAUGUUGCUAAAGUGUCUAUUCGAAACGAAUACCCAUUACAAGAAGGCCCUGAUUUUCGGAUUGAAGAAAAAACAAAAAAGAAUCUCUAAAAAAUAAUCCCAAACCAAAAAAAAACAACAUAAAAUGUAUCGAUCGAAAGUCUCUUUGACUGAAAGUCAUUCGAAUUGGAAGAAUGCAAGAAGAUUGUAUGCUACCAAGAAGAUUAUAGCGAUUCGUCGUGAAGACCAAAGCGUAUGGGAGCGUAGGGCACCAUUCUCACCAAACCACGUCAGAAAAUUGGUCAAAAAUGGCAUAAAGGUCAUAGUCCAACCAUCCAAUCGUCGUGCGUACCCCAUGCAGAACUACCUCAACGCUGGAGCGAUUGUCCAAGAGGAUAUUUCGGAGGCCAACGUCAUUUUCGGUGUCAAACAAGUACCAAUAGAUCAGCUGAUACCGAACAAAACUUACUGUUUGUUUUCGCAUACUAUCAAGGCUCAGGAAUCGAACAUGCCACUGCUUGAUGCCAUUUUGGAAAAGAAUAUCAGGUUGAUUGACUAUGAAAAGCUCAUGGAUGAAAAAGGUCAAAGGGUGGUAGCUUUUGGCAAGAUGGCCGGCAUAGCGGGCACAGUCAACAUCCUCCACGGCCUAGGGCUGAGGCUUCUAGCCCUUGGUCAUCACACACCGUUCAUGCACAUCGGGCCUGCCCAUAAUUACAGGAACUCCAGCAUGGCCAGACAAGCUGUGAGAGAUGCGGGCUACGAAAUAGCCCUAGGGCUCAUGCCCAAAUCCGUGGGACCCCUGACGUUUGUUUUUACCGGAUCCGGCAACGUUUCUCAAGGUUCUCAGGAAGUGUUCCAAGAAAUGCCUCACGAGUAUGUGGCUCCGGAAAUGCUCAGAAAAGCUGCUGAGCACGGAAGUUUAAACAAAGUGUACGGGUGUGAAGUUAGGAGAAGACACUAUCUGGAACGAGCUGAUGGUGGAGGUUUUGAUAGAGCAGAAUACGAAGAGUUUCCAGAACGUUACAUAUCAACUUUCAGCAAGCAGAUUGCUCCCUAUGCUUCAGUAAUCGUGAAUGGAAUAUACUGGGCAGUGAACAGUCCUAAAUUGCUGACUAUACCUGACGCAAAACAUCUUUUAAGGCCAGCAAACACUCCUUGGCUGCCUACUUCAGUCGGAGCACCAGCUCUACCACAUCGUACCCUUGCAAUUUGCGAUAUAUCAGCUGAUCCAGGUGGUUCAAUUGAAUUCAUGAACGAAUGUACUACCAUAGAUACACCUUUUUGUUUAUACGAUGCCGACAGAAACAAGGAUACCAAAAGUUUUAAAGGACCCGGUAUAUUAGUGUGUAGUAUCGACAAUAUGCCCACUCAAAUACCCAGGGAAAGUACCGACUUUUUCGGGGAUUUACUCAUGCCUUUCACUUUUGAUAUCAUCAAGUCUAAUGGGGACGAGCCUUUGGAGAAGCACGAUUUCAACCCUGUAGUCCAUGGGGCUAUCAUUGCUAGUAAUGGAAAACUCACUGCAGGAUAUGAGUACAUUCAAGAGUUGAGGAAAGCUCACAGCCGAAGUAAAUGUUCUGAAAUAAGUAAAAUGGAGAAAAACGUCCUAAUACUCGGUGCAGGAAGAGUGGCAUCUCCCUUGGUUGAAUAUUUGUACAGGGACAAGUCAGUUGGUAUCACAGUGGCCUGCGAAAACAAAGAACUCGGGGAUACCUUGGCAGCGACUUAUCCAGGAGUGGAAAGUCAAUACUUUAAUGCUAUUGAGUCUGGAAGUUCCUUGAACGAGUUAAUUUCACGAGCUGAUGUAGUUGUUUCCAUUUUACCAGCAGAUCUUCAUCCUAAAAUCGCGAAAUUAUGCAUCAAUCAACAGAAACAUAUGGUAACAGCAAGCUACAUGAGCAACGAGAUUAAAAACUUACACGACGAUGCAAGCAAUGCUGGAAUAACAAUUUUAAACGAAGUAGGCCUCGAUCCAGGAAUAGACCAUUUACUGGCUCUGGAAUGUAUACAGGAAGUCCAAGAUUUAGGUGGCAGAAUCACUUCUUUCGAGUCUUUUUGUGGGGGACUUCCUGCUCCAGAGUUCAGUGAUAAUCCUUUAAGAUACAAAUUUUCCUGGUCCCCUAAAGGAGCCCUGUUGAACACUCUGUCUUCAGCCAGAUAUUUAAGUAAAGGACAAAUAGUUGAGAUAAGUGAAGGUGGGGAAUUGAUGAGAGCUACGAAAAGUCUUGACUUUUUACCGGGAUUUAAUUUAGAAGGUUUUCCAAACAGAGAUAGUACACAUUAUUCAAAACUAUACGGUAUUGAGGAUGCAAACACUAUUCUUAGAGGUACACUGCGGUACAGUGGCUUCUCUCAGUCAGCUAGGACUCUUCAAUUUCUUGGCUUAUUGGAUAGAGAACCUCAUCCAUCUCUACAUUCCCGAGGCCCUGAAAUCACAUGGAGACAGUUAAUUUGUACUCUUUUGGGUUUAGAAGACCCCAACAUGUUUUAUGACAAUUUGAGAACGACAAUAACUGAACGAACGGGCAGUGACUAUGCGGUGGAUGUAUUGGAAGAACUUGGCCUAUUAGAAAAACAAACUGUUCAAAAAUAUGGAUCACCAUUGGAUACCAUAACACAUUAUUUAUCAACUAAACUGGCUUUGGGAAAAAAUGAACGGGAUUUAGUUAUUUUGAGACAUGAUAUCGGUAUUAACUGGCCAGACAACAGAAAAGAAAAACGAGGUGUGAAUUUUGUAGUGUAUGGUGAUGUAAAUGGUCAUUCUGCUAUGGCUAAAACUGUUGGUUAUCCCACUGCUAUUGCUACCAAAAUGAUAUUAGAUGGAGAAAUACAGGAAAGAGGAGCAAUUUUACCCUUUGCGCCUGAAGUAUACAGACCGAUUCUACAAAGGUUGCGAUCGGAAGGAUUAAACAGUACAGAAUCAUCUAAAUUUUUAUGAAAAAUGUAUUUUUAAUGACUAUUUUUAAUAAAAAAAACAUAAAAUUCAA